GACAGGUGGUGAGUGGUGACGACGACGCCUCCUCGACAUGUACAAAAUUUUCUCUCUCGUUGCUCGCUCAAAAAGACAGUCUCUCAUGUGCACAAAUCCCUUUAUUUGGUUUUUUGAGGAAACAAAAAGACAGAGAUUGUGAUCGAUCAGAAUAAAAUAAGCACAAGCAGUUUAUGAUUUGGGUUUCAAAAAACACGGUGGUUCAUGCAUAAAAAAGAAAGAAAGCAUGCAAUGCUUCAGCUUGUCAGCUGUCUGUUCAAUUUUAGGCAUCGCUGGUGGCCGGGGUGGUACGUAGUUUUGGCCGUUAGAUUGAAGCUGGCUGUUAGCCUCAUCUUCUACCGUUCUGGUUUCAUGGGUUUGUUGUUUUAGGAUCAUAAAUUAGUUGUUUUUGUAUUUUUAAACAUUCCAAGUCUUAUUAUUGCUGAGUGGAUGGAAGGUGGUUUCGAUCACGCAAGAAAGCCAUUGUUGGCAAGUGAAGGUGAAAAGGCCAGCCAGAAUGGCAGACUGCGAAAUGGCAACACGUUUACUGCUCUCAGAAGUGCUUUCUUCUCCAAAUUGCCCGAUAAGCUUCGCUCUGGGCUCGAUCCCGAGGUCCCUUUUCGUUUAGACCUUUCUAAAGCCACUGGCUUGGUAAAAGGAGAGAAGGAUUACUACGAAAAACAGUUUGCCACCCUAAGGUCUUUUGAGGAAGUUGACUCUCUAGACUCACCCAAUGUUAUCGAUGAACAGCAAGAUCAUGAACAACAAGCUCAACAUGAGAGAGCCAUCAAAAUUUCCAACUGGGCAAAUGUUUUUUUGCUUGCUUUCAAGAUAUAUGCUACAAUGAAGAGUGGAUCCUUAGCUAUUGCAGCAUCAACACUAGAUUCAUUGCUAGAUCUGAUGACUGGUGCUAUACUCUGGUUCACACAUUUGUCAAUGAAAACUAUAAAUAUUUACAAGUAUCCAAUUGGAAAGUUGAGAAUGCAACCAGUAGGCAUUAUCAUCUUUGCUGCUGUCAUGGCUACUCUUGCCCCUCCCAUGCAUGCAGGCUUCCAAGUGCUUGUCCAGGCUGUAGAACAACUGAUCAAAGACAAACCUUCUGAGAAGAUGACUUCGGAGCAAUUGGUCUGGUUGUAUGCAAUCAUGCUGACAGCUACUGGAGUAAAACUUGCCCUUUGGUUUUACUGUAGAAGCUCAGGAAACAAAAUUGUCCGCGCCUAUGCAAUGGAUCAUUAUUUUGAUGUCGUGACAAAUAUAGUUGGUUUGGUUGCUGCUGUUCUUGGAGAUAAAUUCUAUUGGUGGAUUGAUCCAGUUGGUGCAAUCAUCCUUGCACUAUACACAAUUUUAAAUUGGUCCGGAACUGUACAGGAGAAUGCAGUUUCCCUGGUUGGACAAUCUGCUCCUCCUGAAGUCUUGCAGAAACUCACAUACCUGGUCCUAAGGCACCACCCUCAAAUCAAACGUGUUGACACAGUCCGUGCCUACACCUUUGGAGUUCUUUAUUUUGUCGAGGUUGACAUUGAACUGCCAGAGGAUUUGCCAUUGAAAGAAGCCCAUACAAUUGGAGAAUCACUGCAGAUAAAGAUUGAGGAGCUCCCUGAAGUUGAACGGGCGUUUGUUCAUCUAGAUUUUGAGUGUGAACACAAACCAGAGCACUCUGUUCUUCACAGGCUCCCAAGCAGCCAGUCUUCUUGAGUUUGAGUUUCCAUCAUGCUAUGCUUUGUAAUUUUAGGCCAAGAGAUUACCCUUGCAUGUGCCUGAAUUAUGCUAUCAGGACUUACAAUGAAGAACUCUGAUUUCCCAAUAAAUCCAACAUAAAUUUUUCUUUGGAUCAAGUAAAAGCAAAAGUCCGGUCUGUAAAUU